GCCCCCUAGCUUUAGGUAUCUACUCCUAAGCCAAUUGCACAUCGCGAGAUGCUCCUCUCCCAGGCUCGCCGCUGUUACCUCCGGCGACCGCCCACUCUCUUCUCCCACCAACUUCUCUCCCCUUCUCUUCCCCCUGAAACCCCCUUCUCCAAGUCCUCUUCAUUUCCAGUGUUUUACCGAUCCUCCUCUUCCAUACCCAUCACGCCCGUCGCCUACCCUCCGAAGCCCAAGGAAUCAGAUGAGACAGUUGAGAACCAAACCUCUUCAGCCGCCAGAAUGCGGCCUUCGAGAAGGGAACUGGAGCCGAGUGAAAGGGCUGAUUCGACGCCGCCGGAAGCCGGGGCGGCGUCACCUGACUUUGAUCCGCGGGCGUGGACUCGACGGGACGUGCGGUUUGUGAAGGAUGUCCCGAAGAUAACGCCGGUUUCUUAUCCUUCGCGUGUGGCGCCGCUGCCGGAGGACAGGACGGCAGCUCCUGAAGCUGCAGAGGAAGAGUUUCCACGUGGGGAUCUCCAGAGCGAGGCAAGGAAGAUCCGAUCUGAUGCAAGGGUGAGAAGCUAUUUUGGAUUGACGCAGGAGGAGAUCAUCCCAUUUCCCACGCUGAUUAAGCUUGAUAAACGGCCUACGAAGGUUCCCAUGGAAUUGACUGUGGCCAUCCGUGAGGUUAAGGCUAAUGCUAAGCGAAAUUUUCUUGAAACUGUCGAGGCCCAUGUAAACUUGGGUGUUGAUCCAAGACGAAGUGAUCAGAUGGUUCGUGGUGCAUUAACAUUACCUCAUGGUACUGGAAAGACUGUCAGGGUAGCUGUAUUUGCAGAAGGAGCAGCCGCUGAUGAAGCGAGGGCUGCAGGAGCGGAUAUUGUCGGCGGUGAUGAACUCAUUGAGGAAAUAAAAGCCGGAGGUGGUAAAAUCAAGUUUGAUAAGUGCAUAGCAACUCCCAUGUUUAUGCCUCGUUUGUCUAAGAUUGGCAGGAUUCUUGGUCCACGAGGUUUGAUGCCAAACCCCAAAUUAGGGUCUGUGACAAAUGAUGUUUCUGGAGCUGUAAAGGCAGCAAAAUGUGGACGCAUUGAUUUUAAAAUUGAUAAAACUGCCAUUGUUCAUGUAGGCCUUGGGAAGAUGCCUUCUUUAGUGAGUUGCAAUCGUGACUUCCCUACUACAUCUAUCGAUGCCAUUGAGAUCCCGCUGAUGUUGGUUAACUUCACCGAGGAUAAUUUACGUGAAAAUAUUGGAGCUUUUGUGAAUGCACUUUUAGUGGCAAAGCCUGUGGGCCUUAAGAAAACUUCCAAAUAUGCUGGUUAUGUGAAGAAUUUCACAUUAAGCAGCACGAUGGGCCCUGGUUUUCCUGUGACAAUUCAGUCAUUAUCUGCAGCUGCAGAUACCUAUACCAAAGUGCAAGCUAAAUAAUAAUUUUUUGGGUGCUUUACCAUUGAAUUAUGCCAGCAGAUGGAAAAAUCCAAUUUCAGAUACUGGAAACAAGGCAAAGUUGUUCUUUGACUGCUCUGAUCAUCUAGGUAAUUUUCAACUAUGUUCCAAGUGUUAGGCUAGGUAAUUUUCAACUAUGUUCCAAGUGUUAGGGUUCUAUGAUAUUGAAAUUAAUUAAUAUCUACAUGAGCAUUGGUUCCGAGGUUGAUCCUUCUGUUAUCCUGAAGUUUUGAGCUAUUCUGUGACCUAUAUUUUAACCAACCUAUGUGAUUCCAUCAUUGCCUGCUUUGAGCUUUUUUUUUCCUUUUGUGAUAUUUUAUUUAAUGUAUUUUUUAGAAAUUUACAUUAUGAAAGGUUCCUUCA